AAAACACGUUAGUAUCAACAAACAGUACACAUUUUUGGCAAGCGAUGAGUCAGAAUCUCGAUGAGUCAGAAUCUCUUUCAAUGUUGUAAUGCUACUUUCUCAAGAGUGAAAAAGAAUGACAAGUCAGUUAUGUCUUCGCGGGCGACUGGUGUGUUGCCCUCUACAUAUUUUAUUUGAUCUUAUUGAAUUUAUAUUGAUAUUUUCUAAACUGAAUUGUUUUUUGAACUUAAAACCAACAAUGAACACAAGGAGCAAGAUUCUGUCAUUUUGUGCUUUAAUUGGAGGAUACUACAGUUGUUUCACUGUUUUUCGACCCGUUUCACUACAAGCUGAAAAACUUCACAAUUGUGGCAACUCAAAACUGUCCGAAUAAAACACGUCCUGGAAAAAUUCUCUGGUGAAGCAAAAAAUAACGGACAAGUGCGACAAUGUUGCUUGUGGAAUAAAAAAUAUUGCGAUCUCUGCAUGAAGGGAAAGCUUUCAACACUCGUGGAUUUGACCAUGAUGAAGAUUACUUGUUGGUAAUUCCUGCCAAGGAUUUUAUCAAAUUUUAUGUUAACAAAUUGAAAUGGAUGCGGUCAAGUACAUGUUAAAAUGCUUUGUGAAUAUCGAAUCAAAAGGAACUUACUGUGCUCUGAAUAACGCUUUCAUCACUAUUACUGGUGCCAUGGAAGGUUUCUAAUUUGACGUUCAAUUGCUGUAUGGUUUUGUAAUAAAAUUUAUAGUCUCAA